AUGGUAGAGCUAUAUGAAAAAGCUAAGACGAGAGGGCAGCACCUCAAGAGGAGGCUUUGGGUGCAGAUCGCCUUCCAGUACAGCAUCUACGUACUACUGGCAUGCAUGAUCUACUUCGUGCUCAUUGGUGUGCCUCUCUGGGACGGUGCCGUCUACAACAUGUGGAAGCUCCUGUCCAAGACUUUCAUCCUGCAGUACGGCUUCGCCAUCUUUGUCGGCAUCGCCGCUAUAUACGCCUUCCUUCCGCUCCUCAUUUUCUUCGAGAAGGAUCCGCCGGCUGCCCUGCCACUGGACGAUCCCCGUGUGCAGGAGACUUGCCUGCUGAUCCCUUGUUAUAAGAGCGCAGCUCUCAUCGAGAACACGCUCAAAGCCGCUUUGAAGAUUUUUCCAGCCAAGAACAUCUUUGUCGUCGCCAACGGCAAUUCGCCCACGCCAAUCGACAACACAGCCGAAGUGAUUGCGCCCUACGGAGUCAACCACGUAUGGUCCCCAAUCGGCUCCAAGAUUGUCGCGCAGUUCGUCGGCUGCUACGCUGCCAAGGACUUCAAGUAUAUCCUACUGAUCGACGACGACUGCACCCUUCCGCCAAACUUCCCCAUCGUGUCUGACCGCAUUACCGGGAAGAUAAAAUGUGUCGGCUACACUAUCAAGUCCGUGGGUCCUGGCUCCACCCUUGGAACACUCUGUCAGCAAGCGCAGGAUCUGGAGUACAAGCUUUCCGGCCUGCAGCGUGCUGUCGCUGGUAUGAUCGGAUCUGCGACUUUCCCUCACGGCGCCAUCUCCUUGUGGACAGGCAGUUCCUGA